UGCAGAGAUCAUUUUCAUUGGAAAUCCUGGGAUCUGGUACAUAAAAUUAAGCGAGAAUUCUAAAUGAGCAAUUUCUUUUGAAUUGCCAAUUAAAAUCCCAUAAUGCAAUGUCUCUCAUACACUGUGAACAAAAUCAGACUUAGUGUUUGUGCGGUUUUCUUUGUAGUAUUCAUUGUCCAGAGAUAUAUUGUUUUCAUCAGUAUCAUUUUUAUGUUUUAUUGUGAUGAGAUAAGUUCUGGUGUUUGUAGAGCGAGAGUCAGAAGUCAUUUGUCAGUUUGUCAGUAAAUUGUCAUCCUGUGAACAAUAAAGCAGAAAGGCAACUCACAUUGGCUACAGUCAGUCAGCCGAAGCAUGUUGGUGUCUGAAGUUUGCUUAGUCUUUACCCUGGAGCUAUAAAUAGUGUAGUACUGUAAUAGUAGUAAUGUUAGUCUUUUUUUGCCAAUAGCUCUUACACAAGCAUCAAGCUCACCGUGUCGAAAGUUGUAAUAUAUUACUAUAGUAUUAUAAGUGAGCCUAUUAGAAGCGAUUGAGGCAGUAAUUCCAAUUUUACACUUAGAGAUCAUUUCCAUUAGGUAUAAAUGGUAGUACUUAGCAAAGUCAGCCUGUUGAUAUAAGUGUGAUAUGAUUCAGGCAUGCAGGUUAAAAGCUUUUUUAUUAGCAGUUAUGAUAUUUAUAGCUUUAGUGCAGCUCUAAAGAAGCAGACCUCUGAUGCCAAACAUGUUCUGGCAAGCUGAUUACAUUUGGGAGAAGGGGAACACUAUACGGUUAAUUUGUGGCUGAUCUGCUGAAUCUUCAUGGCCCUGGUGCAGCGCUUCCUAACCAUGCUCCUAGAAACUCCCAGCACUGAAUAUUUGAGUGUUUUCUCUGUCUAUGCUAGUAAAGUGUUUCAUCAUGCACAAGGCAGAGUAAAUCUAGUUUCUAAUAAAGCUCUUAACAAGAUCACCACUGAACUCAAGCUGUUACUUUUAUCAGACAGCAGUGACUGCAGUUGGAGCAUGUGAGCAUGGAUAUUAGAUGUAUUUCCAAUAUUUGUUUAUUAUAUUUUGAGUAUAAUUUAUUAUUUUUUAUAUUUGGCAUAAUUUUUUUAUUGGCUGUCCUUUUUUCACUGGUAUUUAAACUCGCUCUCUCGCCCUCGCUCUCACACACACACACAGCAUACUGGUUAAAAAUCCCUGUAGAUUUUGUAAUACAUGAGCAAAACUCAUGAUGGCAUACUUAACUUAGCCUAAUUUUUUAAAAUCUGUUUAUCAUGUUAUGUUGAAAACAACAUAAAUGUUUUAAUAGUAUGUAACACACGCUGUGUCAACAUGACCGAAUCCUUCUGAGAAAGCCGGUUCAGAGUCUGGGUCAGAGUCAGUCAUUAAUCAACCCCUCUGUUAGUAAACAUUAAUCCCUCACCAGUGACUCGCAUUGUAAGGGCCAGAGUUUCCACUGUGAGAGCUGAUGGAUACACAACUGCGUGUAGUCUCUAUUCUUAUACAUCAAGACCCAGUCAAAUCUAGAGGCCCUGCUUUACUAUUUCUUCUUCUGAACUGGUUGGACUAAAAGAAAUUAGAAAAUACUGGGCAUCUUUAUGGUUCACUUGCAAUUUCAAAAUAAACAUCAUUUUAUUAUAUUAAAUUGUGUGGAAAUACACUCAUAGGCUGCGUUAAUAAGAACACCUGUACCCCUUCUCAUUCAAGCAAUUAACUGGACAGUAGGAAGAUAGGAAAAAUGUUGUCACCUUUUUCUAAUAUUCAAGUGUUCAAGUUUACGGGAACAUUAUAGCCAUUAUAGCCUCUGAUUUCUGUUUCUGGCCUGAUGUGGGCUUCCACUGUUGUAUCCCAUAUGAUUCAAGGUAUGCCGUGUUGUGCAUUCUGAGAUGCUUUUCUACUCACUAGAGUUGUAAAGAGUGGUUAUUUGAGUUACCAUAGCCCUCCUAUCAGCUCAAACCAGUGUGGCCUUUCUCCUCUGAUCUCUCUUGUCAACAAGUCAUUUCCACCUACAGAACUGCUGCUCACUGGAUUAUUGUUUUUUGUAUUUUUUUUUGUAUUAUUCUGCAUAAACUCCAGAGACUGCUGAGUGAGAACAUCCCUGCGAAACAUCCGCAGUUUCUGAGUCACUGAGAUCAGAGUUUUCCCUCAUUCUGAUGUUUAAUGUGAACAUCAACUGACGCUGUAACUACAUGACUCGAUGUAUUUGGCUGCCAACAUAUGACUGAUUUAGAUAAUUGCACAAAUGAACAGGAAUACAGGUGUUCCUUUCAAAGUGACUGGUGAGUGUAUAUACAGUGCCCUCCACUAAUAUUGGCACCCUUGGUAAAUAUGAGUAAAGAAGUCUGUGAAAAAUUGUUUACUCUUUUGAUCUUUUGUUAAAAAACACAACACAGGUUUAUCAAAAUAUUUUUGAUAUAUAUAAUAAUAAUAAAAAAAUAAUUACAUAUUAGAGAUGCAGAGUUGGUGAACUCUGUAAUCUCUGCACUACUAAAAUUUUACACCGGACGCUGCAGCAGUGAAGCGGGAGUUUCUGCGUCGAGUCUAAAUUUUUUGUGCCGAGCUGAAUUAAAGCCCCAGUACACCGUUGAAAGAUUUAAAUGAAGACGAGUUGACAAAAAAGUAUAUAUAUCGCACAGAAAGAUAUAUUUGUAGAGCGGUAUAUUUCAUAUGCUGUUAAUGUUAAUAUAUAAAAAACGUUUAUAUUAUAUAUUACCAGUUUGUUGUUCAAUGAUGAAGUAAAAAUGCUUUUGUUUGUGGUGAGUGAAUGUGAGACAAACAGGAGGUUUAUUAGAAUUCAAUCAAUUAUUUCUGUUACUAUGAAUUAAUAACAUUCAGUAAGUUAAGAAAUCUUACUUUAAUCUUCAGAAUUUAGUUUCUGUGUUAAUGUUAAUUUCAGUAAUGUGUUUUCUGUUUAUGAGAACAGUUACUGUGAAACAACUUGUUGAAAUGGAGAGAAUAAAGUUUUUAUUUUGGGCAUUUAAUUUAUUCAAGUGUUUAAUUCAUUUACAUGUGUCUUGUUUUGACUGUUAAUUAGACAUUUUCAGUCAUGUCCAUUUCAUCUUUGUCAGAUUCGUGGUGGACCUGGAGCUAGCUGGAGUACACAUAUCCUGCACUCUUUCUGAAUUAGUAUUUGUGUGUUAUAGCAGGAAAUGUAAAUUUUAGGGGUACUCCAGGAGACCGGUUGGAAACCAAUGAUAUAUAGGCUCAUUUCCUCCCACCUCCCCAAAAACAUGCUGGUACACUGAUCGGCUACAAUAAAGCGUGUGCGUGCAUGCGUACGUAUCGUGAUAGAUUGGUGUCCUAUCCAGGGUGUAUUCCGGCCUCACACCUGGUGUUCCUGGGUUAGCCACCACAACAUUGACCAUUAAAGUGGUUGCUGGAUUAAUGGAUUUAUUUUACCACCUUACAAAUUAUACAAUACAAUACAAACUGUAGUAAAACUGUAGUAACUCUUUGUUAGACACACAUUAUUGCCCUCUAUUUAAUAUUUCCCCAAACCACAACUAUCAUACAGGGAAAUCUUUUUUCUGACUACAAAUGCAAUUGGCAGGACUAUGUGAAAGCUCAUUGGAUGAUUUCUGAUCUUUUAGUGGAAACAGAGAGGUUCAUUUCAUUGAAUGCCUUAAUCCAGCUUGGGUAGUGAAUUUAUUAUAGUGCUGCAUUAUUUGAAGAGCUGACUUAUGUAAGAAUUCCAUGUUUUUUUGUUCGUAGAAGAGUUCAACAGUUAUCUUGUUAAGGAGUUAUCUCUCCUUUAAGUUGCCAAAAGGCUUAAGGGCUUUAAAUAAUACUUGCUCAGGUCUGGCAUUUACCAAGUUCAGCCAAGAAUCACCAGCAUCUCCAUCAACACUGACUUCUAGACUAUUUGCUUCUGGACCACAUACAGCGUUCUUAUCCACACCAAAUUAAAAUAAUUUCCCUUCUGGAGUUAUGGGUGCUCAUGGAUCCAACUUGGAUGAAAUCUUGGCUGAAGACAUGCACUACUGGUACAAUAAAUUCAUGAGGGAGUCUCCGUCUGGGCUCAUCACCCUGUUUGAGCUAAAGAACAUGCUAGAGAUGCAGGGAAUGACUGAGGAGGCCAGCAGCUAUGUUGACCAGGUCUUCUAUACUUUUGACAUGGAUGAGGAUGGGUAUAUUGAUUUUGUAGAAUAUAUAGCAGCUGUAAGCUUGCUACUGAAAGGAGAGAUCAACCAGAAACUGAAGUGGUACUUCAAACUUUUUGAUAAAGACGGAAAUGGAAAAAUUGACAAAGACGAGAUGGAGACCAUAUUCAAGGCUAUUCAGGAUAUCACCCGGAUCUACGAUGACCCUCCAUUGGAUAUUGUGACACUCAUUUAUGAAAGGAUUGAUGUUAAUAAUGAAGGUGAGCUGACUUUAGAAGAGUUCAUCACUGGUGCUAAGGAACAACCUGACAUCAUGGAGAUGCUCACUAAGAUGAUGGACCUGACUCAUGUGUUGGAGAUCAUAGUCAAUGGACAGAGAAAGUUGGUUAAAGCCAGUGUGUGCAGUGCCAAGUCAUAGGCACAAGCCUUAUUCCCGUCACAAUGCACAACCUUAAAAAAAAUCUAUUUGUUACAAAUGAAUGAUUGCAGGUGAUAAGGGGAGUGAAAUGUGGUUUCUGUGAUGCUUAUGCUUGUCUGUGUGUUCUGAAAAACAGCUCUUCAGUUCAGAUCAGUUCACCAAGUGAACUGAUGGAGAGGCAUUAGACAGGGACAGACGGUGAUUAUCUGGAUGCCACUGAAGGCUAGGAUUUCUCAUCAGGGAAGGUGUUGUUGAUAACCUGCUAUAAUUAUACAGAAUGAUUUCAUGUAGAUUUUAUGUGAGGAAGCUGUGUAACAUUGUGUUACAUAAACUUCACACUAGACCUGAUAAAGGAUCACAGAGUAAGCAAUCAUCCAUCCAAUUUCCUCUGAUUAUUAGUUUUGAUAUAGAUGGAGAUGAUGUCUGGAAGAUAUUGCUUAGUCUGUGAGCUUUGAUUUUUUUUGUAUCAUAGGCUAUUACAUGUAACAAAUAGUAUCUUUCAAUCAUUUAGCUUACACUAACCCAGAUUAGGCCUUUAGAAAGUUCAAAGCAAUACAGGAAGUGGGAGUCUGGGAUUUGUAUUAAAGUCUACUGUGUUUACGCUUUACUCAUAUGCACUUCGUGAAAAAAAUAAGACAGAAGGGGGCAUAGGCACUCACAAAAAAAGUUCUCUGGUAGGAAACCACUCUGCUGUAGGGUUUUACAUAGAAUCUUUAAGGCACAGGCCAAAAAACCCACAAGGGUAUUAACAUUUCACUUAUUUACUGACAUAAGCUGUGUUUCUGUUUGUACCUGAAAAUCAAAUUGUUUUCAAGGAGAAACAGAUAAGGGUCUACAACUAAUUAACUACUAAAUUGGAACAGUCCAACUGAAUGGUAUUGAAACCAGCACAAAUAUUUAGCAUUAUUAUUUUAACAUUGGGACAUCCAAACAGCUUUACCGUGCUAAGCUGGUUAAAAUUUAGCUGCAGCAUUCUUCCUCAGUAUUUUUUUUUCUUGUUACCAUAGAAUAGACUUGAUCACAACAUCUGUGUGUACUAUGUGAAUAUGUGCUUGACUGUUUACUUUAUGUGUGCUUGUCAUGUUUUGAAUAACUUUGCGAUGAAGCUAAAUGAAGAAUUUUUAUUUCUAUUUUUGAAUGCUAUAUAAUGUCCCUAAUUGUUGCCUUAAUUAAAUCUGAAUUUGCAAAACCCACUUUUAUUUUAUUAACCGGCUUUUGCCUUCUUCAUUUAAUCA